AUGCUAAAAAACAGCGAUGACGUUAAAAACAGCGACAACGCAAAAAACAGCAACAAUGCUAAAAACAGCAACAACGUUAAAAAACAACUCAGCAAACUCUUCCUCCAAAGAAAAUAUUAUCUGUGUGUGUGUCCAGGUGAGUUCAUUAAAGCUCUGUAUGAGUCAGAUGAGAACUGUGAGGUCGACCCGUCUCGCUGUGCGACCUCUGACCUCGCAGAGCAUCAGGCCAACCUGAGGAUGUGCUGUGAACUGGCCUUCUGUAAGAUCCUCGACUCCUACAGGGUCUUCCCCCGGGAGCUGAAGGAGGUGUUUGCGUCAUGGCGACAGGAGUGCGGUAACCGGGGGCGACCAGACAUUAGCGAGCGCCUCAUCAGCGCCUCAUUGUUCCUGCGCUUCCUGUGUCCGGCUGUGAUGUCACCGUCGCUGUUUGACCUGAUGCAGGAAUACCCCGACGAACGCUCAGCGAGAACUUUAACGCUCAUCGCCAAAGUCAUCCAAACCCUUGCCAACUUCAGCAAGUUCGGCACUAAAGAGGAGUACAUGCUGUUUAUGAACGACUUUGUGGAGCGGCAGUGGAGCAGCAUGCAGCGUUUCCUGCAGGAGAUCUCAAACCCUGAUGGACUGAACCACACCGCCGGCUUCGACGGAUACAUCGACCUCGGCCGGGAGCUGUCCACCCUGCACACCCUGCUGACCGAGCUCGACCAGUCGUGUCUGUCGAAGCUCGGUCCUCUUCCUCGGAUCCUGAGAGACGUGUCAGCGGCUCUGGCUAACCCGGGCGGUGUGGCUAACGCCGGGGGAGUUUCCGUGUCCUCCCCAGAGCCUCAGCGUGUGGUGUCUCCGCCUCCUAUGUCCCCACCCCCUCUGUCCCCGCCCCUCUCUCCUCCUCUGGCAGGUUGUAAUCCCUCCAUCGGCCUGCAGGGAGGCGUCGGACUGGAUGGAGG